AUGAAACCGAUGCGACUGCGACAGGCGUUGGAGGCGUUCGGGGAGACGGAUCGAAUGUACCUGACGCCGGAGGAUCCGAACGCGCGGGCGCGACGGAAAAAGGCUGGAGGGAACACCGGGAAGAAGUUCAUCGAGGGAUGGGUGGAGUUUAAGGAUAAGAAAAAGGCGAAAAAGGCGGCGAGCGCGCUGCACGGGAGAGAGGUCGGGGGGAAACGAAGGAGCGCGCAUUAUUAUGAUUUGUGGAACGUGCGAUACCUGCCGAAAUUCAAGUGGGAUAACCUCACGGAGGAGAUGGAGUAUCAAAAGGCGCUGAAGGAGAAGAAGAUGCAGCUCGAGCUCUCGGUGGCGAAGAAGGAGCGGGAUUUCUUUUUGGCGAAGAUGGAUCAAGCGAAGGCGUUGGAGGCGAUGAAGGAGCGACGCGCCAAGAGACGCGCCGCGGAAGGCGCCGAAGACGACGAGACAGAGGAGGCAGCUCUGGCGAGGUAUCAUCGCGAGAAGGAGGAAGAGGAUAAUCGAGAGCGCAAGAGAAUUCUACGCACGUUCAAACAAAAGGCUGUGGAAAAUCCCACGUUCGUGGACGACACCAAGGAGCUCGCCAACUUGGACCUCUUGCGUAGCAUUUUCGUCAAGAGAGACUAG